UCCAUAGUCCAAUUGUCCACUCAAACACACCUCAACAUCAGCAUCGCCUUCUUCUCUUUCUCUCUCUUCCUUCUUGUUCACACAAGCAUCCACUGAGUUCCCCUCAGUUCAGGUGUGGCCUUCAAUGGCGGAUUCCGAACAUUCUUCCUCCGAUGACACCUAUGUUGACUCCAGAGAGGAAACGAGCCAAGAAUCGAAGCUAGAGUUCUCGGAUGAUGAGGAAACACUUAUCAUUAGGAUGUACAACCUUGUUGGAGAAAGGUGGUCUCUGAUCGCUGGAAGAAUCCCGGGAAGAACCGCAGAGGAGAUCGAGAAGUACUGGAACUCGAGAUACUCCACCAGUGAAUGAAAGGAAAUAAAAUAUUAACUGAUCAGAGCUAAAAAGACCCACAAACUUCACUGUCAAGUGGGGAAAACAUGAAAAUGUCGUCUUCACAAUUUCUCUCUUUAGAAGUUGGUGUAAAAUAUGUCUCCACCUUUUCGAUGUAUAGAGUAGUUAUGAUGUCCCUGUCCCUCACUCUAUCAGUUGUAUAAUGUACAAAAUUCUUGUCCAAUGGAAUUAUCGUUAUCGAAGUGUUCUAAGUGA